AUGGCUUCUACAACGAAUUUCGCCGCGGACAGAGUUCCGCAGGCCCCGGAGGAUCCGCUCUUUGGCCUCAUGAGGGCCUUCAGGGCCGAUGAGUCUAAAGAGAAGGUUGAUUUGGCUGACGAGAUCCUUCGUAACGACCCGAAUUUGGACCACGAAUAUGCCCCGAUUGCUGGAAUUGCCAGUUUCACUGGAAAGGCUGCUGAGUUGAUGGUUGGUGCGGAUUCGCCUGCCCUCAAAGAGAAGCGGGUAGCCUCGAUCCAGACCGUCUCCGGUACCGGCGCCGUCCAUCUCGGCGCCCUUUUCCUCUCCAAAUAUUUCACUGGUAACAAGACUGUUUACUGCCCCUACCCCUACUUCUCCAAGGAGACCAAGGGCCUCGACUUUGAUGGGAUGAAGUCAGCUAUCGCCGAUGCGCCUGAGAGGUCCAUCAUCCUGCUCCACGUCUGCGCCCACAACCCCACCGGGGUUGAUCCUACUCAGGAGCAAUGGAAACAGCUUGCUACUGGAUUCGCCUCCGGCGAUUUGGCUCGCGAUGCCUGGGCUGUUCGAUAUUUCAUUGAGCAAGGCUUCGAGCUCGUCAUCGCUCAAAGCUUUGCCAAGAACUUUGGUCUCUAUGGCGAACGCGCCGGUUGCUUCCAUUUCGUGACGAGCCCCGCAAGUGAUGCCGGCGAUGCUAUUUCGAGGAUUGGCUCCCAGCUCACUCUCCUUCAGCGAGCUGAGAUCUCCAACCCCCUAUCUACGGCCCUCAGGGCUAAGCUUGAGGAACUUGGAACCCCUGGUACAUGGAACCACAUUACUGACCAGAUCGGCAUGUUCAGCUUCACUGGUCUUUCCCAGGCCCAGGCUCUCCAGAUCCGCCAAGAGUCUCACGUCUAUAUGACCGGAAAUGGCCGUAUCAGCAUGGCUGGCCUCAAUUCCCGCAAUGUCGAGUAUGUCGCCAAGGCGAUCGACAAGGUUGUGAGGGACGCCGCUAAGCUUUAA